AUGGCGAUAAAAUUACAUCGUUGUGGUGCUUUUUCCUCGGUGCUUUGGAACUGCAUUGUACAACUUUCUUGCAAAAAUCGUGCCUCUGUGUGUGAGCAAUUGUUGGUCUCACGUGGAAUCACGGUCAUGCGAGAAUACAAGUUGGUGGUUCUCGGCAGCGGAGGUGUUGGCAAAAGCGCACUGACGGUGCAGUUUGUACAAAGCAUUUUCGUCGAAAAGUACGAUCCUACUAUCGAGGAUAGUUACAGGAAGCAAAUCGACGUGGAUGGCCAGCAGUGCAUGCUCGAAAUUCUCGAUACUGCAGGCACAGAGCAAUUCACGGCUAUGCGCGACCUCUAUAUGAAAAACGGUCAGGGGUUUGUGCUGUGCUACUCUAUUACCUCCCAGUCCACCUUCAAUGACUUGGCAGAUCUCUACGAGCAGAUUCUGCGCGUGAAGGACACGCACGAGGUACCUCUAGUGCUGGUGGGAAACAAGUGUGAUCUUGACAACGAGCGUGUCGUGGGCAGGGAGCAAGGCCAAACUCUGGCCAGAAAUUGGAAUUGUGUUUUUAUGGAGACCAGUGCGAAAGCCAAAAUCAACGUCAAUGAGGUGUUCUUUGAUUUGGUGCGUCAAAUAAACAACCGAACACCGGUCCCCAAAAAGACACGGACGAAGAAAAAAUGCAGCAUCUGCUAG